AUGACUAUAGUAGAUUUCAUAGAGCUGAGUGAUGAUAAUAUUAUUGACGUGAGCAGCGAUGAGGAGACUGUUCAACAGGAUCAAAUUUCAACUCAAGACCGGACGACGUUGCUUGAUAAGCAGACUAGUGAAGGUAGCCAAGAUGUGCCUGCUGUGUUUGUUGCAGCUAGUGAAGGAAGCCAAGAGGCUUCUAAGUGCGGACGUGCCACCGCAUCGUCCAUGCUUACGGAGAAAGCACCUUUUGUUGCAGCUAGUGGAGGAAGCCGAGAUGUGCAGGCUGCGUUUGUUGCAGCUAGUGAAGGGAGGCAAGAUGCUGCUGAGUCUGGAAAUGCUUUGGAAGCUACCCCAUUGCCCUUCGUUACCGAAAAAGCACCUCUUGAUACGGCUAUAUCACCGAACUGUCAUCGCUCUCCAACAUCAGUCAGCCCAACUUCCACCACUCCAAAAGCUCUCACUUCUGAAGGUGGGGACGCAGAGUCAGUGAGAGUGAAGAGGAAAUAUCGUAAGAAGAACUACCAUACCGACACUCCUAGGAAAAGUCCUAGGCUUAUAAAGAUUGGCACCAGUCCUGUGGAAGAGCCGGCAGCCGACCACAAGAGGUCUCGCACGAUCGAGCCAGCAGAGGAAUCAGUUGCCUCUACCUUCAAGGCAGGAGCUGCGAAGCCCCUCUGUACCGACAUCGUAAACUAG